UCUAGCGUUUUGCGACUACAAUUCUCUUACCAUUGGAUCGUUGGAUUUAUGUAAACAUUGGUAAUUAGAAAGAGGGAGAAGUAAAGAGAAAAAAAAAGACACCCAAUUGCGAUUAAUUGCGACCAAUCACACAACCGGCACGAUGGGGCUUCGCGACAUGAUCAAGAAGAAGGACCACUUCGACGGCGGCGUCGAUCGCGAGACGCUCGACAGGCUGGCCGGCCCCGAGUUCACCUUCAUCCGGUCCGACACGCACACGCAGGAGAUCAUCCACCCGCCCACCAACAAGAACUACCUCACGACGACGACGACCCGAAGUAAUAAUAGUAGCAAUAGUAAUAACGCAAGGGAAGGAGGGGGAGGAUCGCGGACGCGCCGCAGCCUCGACGUGUUCAGACCUCGUUCGCGCGGCUCGAGCACGUCUUCCGUGCAGAGCGACAGCAACAACGGGUUGACGGCGACGCCGGCCGUCGCGCGUUCGUCGACGCACCGCCGCCUCUCGCAAAGGCUGCACCUGUCGAAGGCGCCGCAGACGUCGGAGUUCGUGCCGGAGAACCUGCCGCAGAUCAACGUGUGCGCGGCCGAUGGCGUCGGGGGUGCAGGAGGCGUGGAUAGAGAGGCGAGCGAGAGCCAGUGGGAGAAGAGGGCGACGAUACUGGCCGAGGCCAACGAAAGGGGACAGCGCCGGAGCAGGUCGCCUAGCGUGAACGUCUCGCCGCCGCCGUCGCACGGUAAUUCGCCGUAUCCUUCGUCUGCGGACUUGGCCGGAUUGAGACUGUAUGAUGAUGUAGCCGGAGGAGGGAGAGGAAACGGAGGCGGAUACGGAAAUGGGGGAAACGGAGGAGGGAUAGGGAGAUCGGACGGGGUCGUCUCGUCGAAGGCGAUCGACGAGCAGAUCCAGGAGGCCAUCCGAUUGCACGAGGACGGCCAGCUCGACCAGUCUACGCGCUUGUUCGGGCGCCUGGCCGAUCCGCAGGGGGCGAAUAAUCCCCUGAGCCAGGUCCUCUACGGGCUCGCUCUGAGGCACGGCUGGGGUUGCGAACCAGAUCCCGAGCGAGCUGUCACGUACCUCUCGGCGGCGGCGUCGAACGCGGCAGCGGUCGAGAGCAUGGCGCUACAGGCGGGCCUCAAGAAAGGCGGCGCCGCCAAGGGCGAGCUCGUCCUGGCCAUCUUCGAAUUGGCGAAUUGCUUCCGCCACGGCUGGGGCAUCCCUCGAGACCCAGUCGCCGCAAAGCAGUAUUACGAGACGGCCGCAAACCUUGGAGAUACCGAUGCCAUGAAUGAGGUCGGAUGGUGCUAUCUUGAGGGCUUCGGGUGCAAGAAAGACAAGUAUGCCGCUGCGAGGUACUACCGGCUGGCGGAGGAGAACGGCAAUAAGACCCUAGGGAAUACAUGGAUUUGGAAGGACAAGUAUAAUCCUACGAACCCCAAGAAGAAAUAAGCUGCACAUCCCGCGCGGUUCGGGGCUUACUCAUAGGGUAAGAGGGAAAAUGCUAUGGUAGAAUUUAAAAAAAAAAGUCGGCCAUUCGUCAAUUGGGUUUGGGGGGAAUAUGCAGUGCUCCGGUCCGGUUCGUGGCCCUCUAUUACGGCAUCCUAGCGCAAUGGAUACGGAGUUCUUUGACAAUGCAAGCAGUGUUUAUGUAUGUAUGUACGUAGGUAUCUUGGUAUCUUGGGGGAGGGCAGAUUCCUUUUUGUACUUGCAAACAUGACGAUAGACCGACCGAGCGAAUACGCGGAUAAGGGGGGAAGACGGA